GCUGGUGGGUGUUUGGUUGCCUAACUGGCAGGCGCAAAGGGGCACGGGGCCGCUGCACCCGUGACAAAGUGCCCCUACUGCAUAUCCGUCUUCAACACUCUGCACGGCCUCAAGAUUCACGUCCGCACACACAACAAGACCAUCAAUGCGUUCCUGUGCUCGGAAUGCCCGGAGAGCUUCAACAGCAAAGAGGAACUUAGAGCUCACAAGAAGGCAACCCACCCCAAGGAGCCGCCUCCGCCGCCGCCCCAGAACGGUGGUGACCAGGGCUACGAGUGCGAGUACUGCGAGCCUGCGAGCAGAAGUUCACGUCCACCUUCGACCUGCUUGUGCACGCCAAAGACCACCAGGACAAGGACUUCCCCUGCGACGAGUGCCCUGCGCAGUUCGACACGCGCAAGGAGCGCGCGCAGCACAUGCAGCGCCACCACCCUCGCGACAUCAAGUGCAAGAAGUGCGACCUCACGUUCGCCUCCCAGUCCGAGAUGGAGACCCACCUGGUUACCCAUGACAUCGACGACGAACACCUACGCUGUGAGUUCUGCCCCAAAGUGUUCGCCACCAACUACCACCUCCUGGAGCACCUACACACUCACGCAGAGCGCUUCGAGUGCAAGCAGUGCCAGGCCGAGUUUGUGACGCGCGCCCAGCUCGAGCUCCACGAGAAGACCCACACCGAGGGCGCCUUCCGCUGCGACGACUGUGGCCAGCGCUUCGCUCUGAAGAGCAGUCUCAUCUCUCACAUCAAGAUCCACGAUAGUCAAAAGCCCUUCGCUUGCGACGAGUGCCCCAUCCGUUUCAAGACCGAGGGUCUGAUGGAGAAGCACAAGCGCAUCACCCACAAGCGCGCCAGCAACAUCAACUGCUCCGACUGCGGGGCGCCCUUCAUGAACACGUUCCAGCUGCAGGAACACGUGCGCACGCACCACGCCAAGAAGACCAAGAACUACUGGUGCGAGGACUGCUCCGAGUCGUUCCCCACCAAGGCGCUGUUGGAGCAGCACGUCCGCAGCCACCCGGACUUGGAGGCUAUCUCUUUAAGCGCGUUUACUUUUACUAGUACUCCAUUGGAAUUGAUAAGAGUUCCAUAUGAUGACGGCUGUGAGGAGACUAUACAGAGUGGACAGACUCGAUCGCAGGCCCAGCUGCAGUGCGUAGACUGCGCCCAGCACUUUCCCAACUUCCGGCUGCUCAAUCAGCACCGGCGCUCGGAGCACCUGGGAGGCCGGCCGUACUCGUGCCCGCACUGCGAGGCGGCCUUCAAGCGCUCCGAGCACCUGGCCAGGCACAUGCUUCGCCACACAGGGGAGACGCCUUUCACCUGUCCCUACUGCCAAACCCGUUUCCGCCGACGGGACUGCAUGAUCCAACACGUCAAGAAGCACGCCAUCGCCACAUAG